ACCGCAUACAUUUAAAAAGUUUCACUGUCAGCUAAAGUAGACUAGCAGGAUAAAAGGGCGAGUCUUUCAAAUAUCAACGUUCACAUCAGAUUCAAUUAGUUGGGUCCUAAUCUUAUCCCUUCUGACGUGUUCUUAUCCAUCUCAUCGCCACUCGUUUCACCUCCACACCCAUAGAUGAUCUGCAGUUUCUUGGAUGCCAUAAUCUCAAAACAUAGCAAUGGCUUCUUCCAUUUCUCCUCUCCAACUUGUAUCACCUGCAACAGCUCAACGGCCGACCGCCGCAUCGCCACCAAUGUCUCCAAAACCACCAUGCAUCGGAUUUAGUCCCCCAAACAGACGAUCCUUCUCCAGGGUUGUGAGCGUGUCUGCUGUCGGGGAUGUGUCAGCUGACAGCAGCAUAUAUCUGUUUGCCGGCGCCGCCGCAGUGGCGCUCAUUGGGACUGCGUUUCCCAUAUUUUUCGCCCGCAAGGACUUAUGUCCAGAAUGUGAUGGGGCGGGAUUCAUCAGGCAAGCAGGUGCACCACUUCGAGCGAAUGCGGCAAGGAAGGAUCAAGCUCAAAUUGUUUGUCCUCGAUGCAAUGGGCUUGGCAAAUUAGGACAAAUUGAUAAGUGAUGCAUUUGAGUUCUCUGAGUUUCCUGUAAGAUUAAUUAAUUUUCCACAUUCUUGUUAAUGACUGACUUUUGCAGAUCAUACGCCUGUAUUUG